AUGGCAGUCGGAUCCUGCUGCUCGUUUCGCCCAAAAACCCGCGGAUCGCGAGUUUUCCUGGAAGAACAGCGUCGGUACAAGGCCGCGGGGCGAGGAGAAUCGGGAGUUCUUCGCGGCUCUCCUCAGAAAAUGCGGGAAUUCGAGGGAUUUGGCGCGUGGGCGGAGAGCCCACGCCCGGAUUCUCGCCAGCGAGCACCUCCGCCGGAGCCUCUACCUCAGCAAUCUCGCGAUCGAGAUGUUUGGCAGGUGUGGAGAGAUCGAUCAAGCUCUGGCGGUGUUCCGCGCCUUGGACAGGCCGAAUGUCUUCUCCUGGAACAUCACGCUCGCCGCGCUCUCGCAAAACGGGCACUUGGACUCGGCCAGGGCACUCUUCGCGGCGAUGCCCGAGAAGGAUGUGGUCUCGUGGAACACGAUGCUGGCAGCCUUGGCAGAGAAUCCAUCGAGGCUCGGCGAGGCCAGGGAGUUAUUUGCGCGGAUGGAGGAGCUCGGAUCCACAAGCGCGACGUCUUGGGUCGUGAUGAUCGCAGCAUUUACCCGCACUGGCGAUCAAAUGCCCAGAAUGGGCAAAUGCUUAAAGCAAAGGAGCUGUUUGACAGGAUGCCCGAGCGCGACGUGGUGGCAUGGACGACAAUGGUUACCGGGCAUUGCCAGAACGGAGAGAGCAAGAAGGCGAUGGCUGCGUUCACGGCGAUGGAUCUCGAGGGCGUGGAGGCCAACGAGAUGACAUUCGUGAGCUUCCUGGACGCGUGCGCUGCCACCACCGCCAUCGCCCAGGGCCGAGCGCUCCACGGCGAUCUCCUCCUCCGCCCCGCUGUGUGGAGCAACGUGAUCGUCAAGAACGCGGUGGUGAAUCUCUAUGGGCGGUGUGGAGAGAUCGAGAGCGCGCGCGAGAUUUUCGAGGGGAUGAGCUCCUGGUCGAGGACGAUCGUCUCCUGGACGGCCAUGGCGACGGCCUACGCGCACAAUGGAUUUGGCAGGAAGGCGGUGGAGAUCUUUCGCGCGAUGGUGCUCGAGGGCGUGGCGCCGGAUGGAGUGAGCAUCGUUGGGAUGCUCUACGCUUGCAACCACGCCGGGAUGAUCGAGGACGGGUGGCAGUGCCUCGCCGGGAUCGAGCAGGACUACUCAUUAGCCCCUGCGAUCGUGCAUUACGUGUGCGCGAUCGACCUCCUGGGCCGGACUGGGAGGGUCCGCGAGGCCGAGGAGGUGAUCAAUGUGAUGCCGUUCGAGCCAGAUUUCCUGACCUGGAACACGCUGCUCGCGGCGUGUAGAGUUCAUGGUGAUUUCGAUCGAGCCAAUCGUGCGGCCGAGCGCGUGUUUGAGCUGGAUCCCGGCGCGGUCGGGAGCUACAUUCUAUUAGAUUCUUCACGGUAA